UAAUUUUGGACAGAAACAGGGAAUCUCAAUGACUCAAAAACAGACCUCAAAAAUCUGGAAAUGAUCACACUCAAGGUCAUGGCGGGAUCAAUCUCAGCUCCAACGUGUCUGUGUUCGUCGUCGUCCUCAUCCACAUACACAAGCGCAAAACUAGCCAUUUUCAACCUCUCUGCUUCUGCGGUAUCCCAAUCCAAGACCUCACCUUUUUAUCCAAGGUUUAGCCUUUUCUCACAAUGGAAUGGUUUGAAGCAUCUGGGCAUCUCAGUCUCGCCAAAAUCUUUGAAAUUUGAGAGAAAAAGAAGAUAUAAGAAUAGGGUCGUUUACGCAUCUCUAUUUGGGGUUGGAGCUCCCGAGGCUCUGGUAAUUGGGGUGGUUGCUUUGUUGGUUUUUGGUCCCAAAGGUCUUGCUGAGGUUGCUCGUAAUCUAGGAAAGACAUUACGUGCUUUUCAACCCACCAUUAGAGAACUUCAGGAAGUUUCUAGGGAAUUCAAGAGCACCCUUGAAAAGGAGAUUGGUUUGGAUGAAGUUUCAGGUUCAAUAAAAAGCACAGAUGCGUACAGGGCCAACGCUACCUCAAGUCCAACAAUUGCCAGUAAUGAUGAGGCUUCCAAGAUUACAGCUGACCCUAAUGGCGGCGCAUCAUCCCCAAGCAGAGCUUACACCAGUGAAGAGUCUUUAAAAAUCACAGAAGAGCAGCUUAAAGCAUCUGCUGCUGGCCAACAGCAGGCGCAGACUUCUGCUUCACCAGAAAGCGAGUCUGCAGAUGGCAGCACUUCAUCCCCAAGCCGAGCUUACACCAGUGAAGAGUAUUUAAAAAUCACAGAAGAGCAGCUUAAAGCGUCUGCUGCUGCCCAACAGCAGGCGCAGACAUCUUCUCUACCAGAAAGCAAGUCUGAGGCUCAAACUAAUCCUCAAGCUUCUGUGGAGGAAGCUCCUGCAAGAACGCCUUCAGCUCAACAAUCCGGCCGUGAGACAUAGAAACAUGGCUGAGAAGAAGAUAAAAAGUACAAGAGAGAAUUGCUACCAGUCCAUUUUUUCCAUUGCCAAGAGAAGAGAGACACGGGGCCGUCUAGGAAGAUGAAUAGAGCUAAGUAGUGAAUUUUUCCAUAAUUUUAGUUCAGUAGCCGUGCGGAAUUUCCAGGAUUUCUGUAUUGUUGUGAUAGAUACCAGCUUUUCCUGUAACUGUAAAAUAUUAUUUCAUAUAAAGAUGCAUAGCCCAAAUUUUACGAGUUAA